AUGGUCAUCGCUUGGCACACCGAAGAGGAGUACAGCGAGUUCAUCGCAGCCCUUAACCGUAGCUUUACGGUAACAUCGUUGGGAGACAUCCGCUAUUUCCUGGGCAUCCAGGUGCGACGCAACGAGAAGGAGUUUUCUCUCAACCAGCGGACUUACAUCCAGAAGCUGUUGGACGCAAAGUCAUCGAAGAUUCCUUUGGACCCUGGCCACCUGCAACAAAAGGAGGAGAACGAGCGACUGCCGAACAAUCACCAGUACUCAAGAUUGGUUGGUGGUUUGUUGUACGUGGCAGUAAACACUCGACCGGACAUCGCGGUCAGCGUAUCGAUUCUUGGAAGAUCGGUGAGCUGCCCAUCACAAGCGGAUUGGAUGGAAGCGAAACGGAUACUUCAAUACCUCAAGUUCACCAACGACCACGAACUUGUACUUGGAUCAGGAGGAGCUAUCAUGGAGGCUUACGUCGACGCUGACUGA